UGUAGCUCUGGCCAACUGGAGGAAGCUCUGUGUGUACAUAUCUUGAAUAGCAGUCCACUUCGCUGCCAAUAAUGACGAUUUAGCGUUUUUGAGCGUUGCCCACGGAAGUGCUCGCUUUCAGAUAAUUGCCCACCCGUCCCCCGCAUCUCCGCGUAAAGCUAAAGCGAAACACCGGAACAUGGUAGGGUUUGGCUGUCUGCUGUCCCGUCCAUCUUUGUCUGCGUGAGCUAGCGUCGCUGCUAGCGUGGCUAACCGCCGUCUUCAUGUUCAAUGUAGGCUAACUGCCGAGGAGAAAACGAAUGACGAAAACAAUGUCACAUUCGCGCCCGUGGUGAAUUGUGUCAUGAAAAUAAUCUUCGCAUACGUUGCGUGGUUAAACUAAACAGUCAGGUCAGCGCAUUUGUAUUGGUGUCAUGCGAGGACCUCAAAGGCAUCUCACGAAGCUGGUCAAGACGCGUUCACGUCCGUGCGAGGUCAGGAGCUGUUUGUCUUCAAUCAAACAAAAAGAACAACAAUUGUUGCUGUGGUGGCUUACUCAUUUGGCAGUCAUGAUGGACACCCAAAAAGCCUUAACGCUUCCAUUUACGCUUAACAGGAAUAAGCUGAUGGAUAACCCACUCAGAAUCCCCAUGAUGUGUCACUCAUCAGAGUUUGGAAAGUUAGAAAGACAGGUGUCCUGGGAAGCAAUUCCUGGUUGCAAACUCCAAAAAUCGGAUUUAAAGCUCAAAGGGGGAUCCGGGGCGUUUGAUCACAAUCAUGCGGCUCUGCUUAAAUGGGGGAUGGCCAGAAGGAGGCUUUGCCUGGUCCUGACAGAUGUGUUGAAGACGGAGGUCGGCAAGACUUUUCUGGACAAGCGACAGGGUCGCACGUGCGGCAUAAAGGCGCAAACGGCGAGCGAGAGAAGCCCGUGCAAGAAGGAAGCCGUCGGGUGUCGAGGCCAGAAGCCCCCCAGGAACGACAGGAACGAGACUGCAACGCUGAAAAGUGUCAGGAGGAGCGCGCCCGCAUCCCUACAAAGGUCGAGCCUCAGGAAGAGGUUGCAUUAUGUUGACAAUGGAGAAGAAAGCAAGGACGUGCCGCCGACAAACGGGGAGGACUACGGCGUCGUAGACUGCGGCUUGUCAGUGAGCUGGAAGCCGGCGGAGGAUGCCGGAGACGCUGAUGAGUUUCCCCCCACUCCCGUCAAGGACAUGGGGACGCAAGAGAAACAUUGUCUGAAGAGGAGAAGAAAAAUAGACAGAAGGACUAGAUGCAACGGAACCUGCGGCCCAAAACGCCAGCGAGAAAGCGUGCUUCGGCUCACGGGGGAAAGCAAACGAGACGGAGGAUUGGCGCCGGCUAGUCUGGUCGAACCCGGAGAAGACUGCGAUGCGGACGACGCGGACGGCGGCCUGGUCCGGUUCGCCUCGGAGGCGGUCUGCGGAGCGACGCGUCUCGCCCCGGUCGCCAAUACCAAUUCGGAGCCGGCGGACGUCGUCGGAUGUCCCGGUUUCAGUCGGUUGCCUUCACAGGACGACUCAUCCCAGGCCGUUCCGGGAGAGCCGAUUGUGUUAUCCAGUGACGAAGAGGAGGGCGGCGACGUUAUCCAACGGCGUGUCCGACGUGUUCGUACGGUGUUCUCGGUGGGAGAUGCAGGAGCCGCCGGGCACUGUGGGCAGCAGGCGACGCAGGAAGUUGUGUUCAAAGACCUUGGCAGCCCUGACAUGCAGAAUGUAGAGGUGUUGCAUGUGGUUGUAGGCGAGCGGGGGUCGACUUCUUACAUCCCUAAAAUCGACCGCUCUGUCCUGGGUGUGGCCUUCAUCUCCAUGUUCUGUGGAGGUUACCAAGGGAACGCAAAUGGAAACCUUGUGAUAGUGAACCAAAAAAUCAUCAUACCAUUGAAAGACUCAAGCCAGCAGUCGGACGUGACGUUGACCUUGGAGCGUACGGAGCUGAGGAGGUACAGCGUUUGGGAACAGGAGGAGCUGGAGUCCAGGGGGCUCCGCUGGCCAUCCGGCGCAGAGCCUCGUACCGUCCUUUUGUUUUGCGUGACCCAAAGUGCCGCAGCGGCUGUACACAGGGAUCUUCUCCGCCUGCGCGCCCAACACGGCGCGCCGCCCGGCACCGGAAAUCCGAGCCCCUUCCUCGUGCUGACUCUCAAGGACCCCCUGGUGGGCAUGGAGGGGGCUGUGUUGCGCUCUCUCCUGGAAAUCGAUUGUCUCAACUGUCUGACAAGCGAAAGCCACGCGGACGGGCUCGAGCUGAAGGACUUCAUCAGUCCAGAUCUUUCACUGGACGAAAGUCUGGAGCUGAUCAAAUCCAGCGGCCGAGACCCCCACUUGCUGCGAAGGCUCGGCCUGGACGCGGCCGAGCCGGACCGAGAGAGUUCGAGCUCCGAUUCCGACGUGGAUGCGCUGAAUGCAGAGGCGGAGCGCGCGCUGCUGCUAGACAUGUGCGAGCUGGAGACCCUCCUCGAUCUUGAUCGGGGGACAACUCCCACGCAGGAGCAGGAGCAGGACCAGGACCAGGACCAGGACCAGGACCAGGAGCAGGAGCAGGAGCAGGAGCAGGAGCAGGAGCAGGAGCAGGAGCAGGAGCAGGAGGAGGAACAGGAACCAGAGGAGGACGCUGGAAUGCAACACAGUCCGGAGGAGGAUCAGAAAAAUCACGGGGAGGACAAACACGCAGGCACGCCUCUGUACACAAUUUGUCGACGAAGAGCCGCAGGAACGUACACGGUGACCAUGUGUCAGCCAGACUCCACUUGGGUCAAAUACAAACAUCAGGGCCUGGCCCACCGGUUGAUCCAGUUUCCUCCCCCGCCACUCAAAGGUGGAAUCACGGUGACAAUGGAAGACCUGCAGUGUCUGGACAGCGGCCAGUACCUCAAUGACGUCAUCAUCGACUUUUACCUCAAAUACCUCCUCCACAACUCGCCGCGAGCCGUUGUCGAGCGCUCGCACAUCUUCAGCAGCUUCUUCUACAAGCAGCUCACUCGCAGAGACAACGCCAGUGAAGGCAACGCCACAGAAUCCUGUCAGAGGCAGAAGCGGCACCAGCGAGUGAAGACGUGGACGCGCCACGUGGACAUCUUCAAAAAGGACUUCCUAUUUGUUCCUGUCAAUCAGGAGGCUCACUGGUAUCUGGUGGUCAUCUGCUUUCCUGGACUGGAGGAGUCCAGGUCGGAGCCCUGGACAGAAAGUAGCCACGACGGGACGGACGAGCCGCCCGAGCAAGAGGAAGCCGGAAGCUCCAAUGAAGCGACGGCGUCGCCGCCGCCGCCGAAGUUGAACCGCAGCAACAGCGUGGACGCCGCAUCUUCGGGAAAAGAGACGACUAAAGCCUGUCGUAGUCAAGUGAACUGCACAGAGAAAAGCUGCCAUCGAAACGUGGUCUCGAAGAGGCCUUGCAUUCUCAUCAUGGACUCGCUCAAAUUGUCUCUUCACGAGCGUAUCUUUAAAGUGUUACGAGAGUACCUGCAGUCGGAGUGGGAAGCGCGUCGCGGCUCUUCGCGCGACUUUGGUCCCGACCAGAUGAAAAGUUCCCACUGUCAGGUUCCUCUGCAGGACAACAGCAGCGACUGUGGUCUCUACCUCCUGCAGUACGUGGAGAGUUUCCUCAAGGACCCCGUGGUGCACUUCGAUCUGCCGCUACACCUGCAACGCUGGUUUCCGCGGCGACAAGUGCGCAGCAAGCGAGAGGACAUCCGCGAUCUGGUGCUGCAGCUGUACCGACAGCAGAAGACGAGCAAAAAGUGAAUCGGCGACGCACAUUUCUGCCUGAACUCGAACUCCUUUUCUGAAUCGCGGUCGGCCAGAGUGACUGGCCGACCAGUCAGGCGACUGACAGCUACUUUUAAACUGAAAUGUACAUUCUUUUUUGUUUUGUUCAGUUUUUUUUUUUUUUUUUUAUCCAUCCUAGAGAUUUUUUAAAGACUGUUAUAAUAUUAUUUGCAAGUUAUUUUUGAUAAAUAUGAUGCCGUUUAUUUAAUUUCUACACAAAAUCACCUGUCAAACAAAAAGCGUGUCCAGAAGUGGUAACAAUUUCCAAAUGUAGUUUGUGUAACAUAAAUUGUUCCGAUUGGAAUUGAUUUGGGCUGCUGAUAUUUUCAUUGAUUCGGACAACGACAAUGCUCGAGUUGAUUAUUAAGGCCACAUUGAAAAAAGCAAAAGUAGAAUUAGGGUGACGCGCAACCAACUUCGACAUUGUGCAAAACAGGACGAAGCGCCUCCUUCCGGUUCGGUACACUGGCGGCGGCGGCGAGCGGGACAAAAGCACCUGGAGGAAUAUUUCAACAAAUUUUUUUUCGAGAGCUUCCAAAGAUGAUCGCAGCCGAUGUUUCCAUGGGAAAGGAUGCCGCGCCGCGGUGACCCCUAACGAGACAAGCCGAAAGCAAAAGAAGGAGGCUUCGUUUGUGUUUACAUAUAUCAAUAUGUAAAUCAAUGAUAUACUUGUAUUUAACUUUUGUCUAAAGAUGCCAGCGAUAUAGAAAUUUUUUUAGCCCGUUGGAGUUCAAACCGUCAUGUCGUCCAGGCUGUAGUUAUCGCUGUGGGCCUAUUUUCUGGUUGGGUCACGUGAACA